UGAUUCGGCAGCGAUUACUGAGUGUACCGGUUUUCUCUUCCGUCACCAGCUCGCUCAUGCGCCUUGCUCCACGUCUUCUGCAAACAUGUCUGACAAACCCGAUAUGGCUGAGAUUGAGAAAUUCGAUAAGUCAAAACUGAAGAAGACAGAAACACAGGAGAAGAAUCCACUGCCUUCAAAAGAAGCGAUCGAACAGGAGAAGCAAGCGGGCGAAUUGUAAUGAGGCGUGCCCCGCCAAUAUGCACUGUACAUUCCACAAGGAUUGCCUUCUUUACUUCUUUUAGCUGUUUAACUUUGUAAGAUGUGGUGAGGUUGGAUCAAAUU